UGAGCAUACAGUACUCUUAAACAGGACAGAACUCAGCCUCAGCUCUCACACACAGUCCUCCAGCAUGCUGCUCCACUCCAUUCUGUUGGUCCUCACUUUUACUGGGGCUUCAGCCCUUAAAAUCUGUUCCUUCAACAUCAGGUCUUUUGGAGAAGCAAAAACAGCCAAGCCAGAAAUCAUGGAUGUGAUUGUGAAGAUCAUUUCUCGCUGUGAUGUCAUGUUGAUAAUGGAAAUCAAGGAUUCCCACAGCAGAGCUUUGCCUCGCCUAAUGACUCAGCUGAACAGUCAGUUUAACAGCAGAAAGGAGGAGUAUGGCUUCACCAUCAGUGACAGGCUGGGAAGAAAGACGUACAAAGAACAAUAUGCAUUUAUCUACAGGCAGAAGCUUGUGUCAGUGAAAGCGCUGUAUCAGUACCCAGACCAGCAAAGAGGAGACGAGGAUGUCUUUUCCAGAGAACCCUUUGUAGUCUGGUUCAAGUCUCCAAAAACAGCUAUACAAGAAUUCACAAUAAUCCCUCUACACACAACCCCUGAGAACUCUGUACGAGAAAUAGAUGAACUCUACGACGUUUACAUGGAUGUGAAACAGAGGUGGAAAUCUGAGAAUUUCAUUUUCAUGGGGGAUUUCAACGCUGCCUGUGGCUAUGUUCCUAAAAAACAAUGGAAAAGCAUUCGUGUGAGAAGUGACCUGCGCUUCGAGUGGCUCAUCAGUGAUCAGAGUGACACUUCAGUGAGAGAAUCCACACACUGCGCCUACGACAGGAUCGUCAUCCACGGAGAAGCAAUCAGCAAAGCCAUCGACAGGGAGUCAGUGGAGAUAUUUAAUUUUCAAACUGCCUAUGGGCUAACUGAGGAGCAGGGGCUGGCGGUCAGCGAUCAUUUCCCUGUGGCAGUGGAUCUGAAGCCAGCUAGGGGUUUCCUCACAUGGCUCAAAUCUUCGGUUAACAAGACAAAACACAGCGCAAGCAAGUGAACACAGUGCACUGUGCAAUUAUUAACCAGCCACUCAGCCAUCAGCAUUCAAUUACUAACAGUGUAUAUCCCACACAAGGCCAACAGGGGGCGGUUUUGAACUACAACACAUGAAGUGAUGCGGUAUCAGGAACUCACAGCAACUUCUCAUCCACAGCGUUAUUUCAGAUAUUUGCAGACUCCAAAUUGAGUUACAUGCAAAAAAAAACCUUCAACAGAAGAAAUGGGGAUCAGUGAUCAUAUUGUUAGUUAAUAAGAAGUAAGAAAAUCCAUUUGUGAAACGUUGUUAUUCUCUUUAACAACCCAAUAGUGAUCUAAUACUUCACAUGGUUAGCAGGCAGGUGUUCAGCUCAGCGCCGCCGCUUUCACAGCGUCUCACAUGAUCCCUCUUACUGGAGUCCUGCAGAAGACCUGUAGAGCUCCUGUUGUUUGAACGGGACGACACCACUUGAUGAUUCACUGUGUCUGGACUCCUUUGAAUGAAAGCUGUCAUGCUCUGAUAUUCUGAGUAGUUCAAGCUGUGUCCUUCUGGCAGGAAGCUUGUACUACCUGUGUAUACUCCAAUGUUACAACACCAGCAACUGUAUGUAGCCAGCAGUGCCAGUGUGGCUAUACUAAUAAACAUUAAUAAAGCUGUUGAUAAACCCGU